AUGAGAACACACGCAGCAACAGCCUUAUACGCACUUCUAGCUCUAUACUGCCUAGGAAGUACUUUAUGUGGACCCAUAACGGACGUUGGUAAACAGUUUCAGCAGACUGGCGGCACUGUCAAUGAUUCGGGCAACAUUGAUGUGGUCAAAGAUGCCGUCAAACCAGUCGGUGGUAAAAUUAUUUCCGAUUUAAAUCCCAUCGAGAACAUCAUAAGUUCGAUUCCAGAUGAAAUCGGUUCUUUAGAGAAGUUAAUUUCUAUACUCAGCAAGCUGCUGUCAACAGUAAAACCCAACGACUCUAAGCUUCCUGUCGAUAGUUCCUCUGAAAUACCAACUGGUUCAGAUUACGAUGAAUCAGAAACGCAAGUUCCAGUCGAUAGUUCCUCGGAAAUACCAACUGGUUCCGACAAAGUGGAGUCAGAAACACAGGUUCCGGUCGAUAGUUCCUCGGAAAUACCAUCUGGUUCCGACUACGAUGGUUCAGAAACACAGAUUCCGGUCGAUAACUCCUCUGAAACACCUACUGGUUCCGAUUACGAUGUUUCAAAAACACAGGUUCCGGUCGAUAGUUCUUCGGAAAUACCAGUUCAGAUACGAUGA